AAAAUAUCUCCUCAUAGUUUGGCCGUUGCAAUUUUCAGUCAGUGAUUGUUACAGUUGAUAGAUAUUUAGUUUAGCAGGGUUUAUUCCCUGACACAUUUGGAAGAUUGUGGUUCAAGAGCUAAGUUCAGCUGCUGGCCCAAGAGUUGUUAGGGUAAUGUCAAGGGGAGUGAGUGUAAGUACAUACCAGAAAUUCUUCAACUGCCUGAUUGCAUUGUUAAUGUUUCUGAAUGCCCAGGAGAUGUCUUCAGAAGCAAGAUCCCAAAAUCGGGGAGGUUCAGUGCGGAGUGGGACCUGGAGAAACAGCCCCCUGAAGUACAAGUUCAAGUGGCAAGAACGUGGUCCAACACUGCUACCUCCCUUGUUGGGUUGGAGACGCAAUGAUGAGACUUUACUGAGUAACAGAGCGACCAAACAGCAAUUCCUGUACUGCAGCAUCGGAAUUGGAUUCCAUCUGCAGAUCCUUCCCAAUGGCAGAGUCAACGGAGCUCAUGAAAGUAAUCACUAUGGUAUUAUGGAGUUAUUUUCAGUGAAGAUUGGGAUUGUUGUCAUUCGAGCUGUGGUCACUCGGCUAUUUCUUGCAAUAACCAGUCAAGGAAUCCUAUAUGGGUCGGUGAACUUCACUGAAGACUGUCUCUUCAAGGAGCAGAUGGAGGAGAAUCAUUACACCACGUACUCAUCUCACACACAUCCCCGGCUUUAUGUGGCUUUAACCAAAAGAGGGGGACCUAAAAAUGGCAGCAAAGCUCAGCUCCACCACCCCAGCACACACUUCAUCCCCAGGUUGGUCAGUGCUUCCUGA